AUGGUCCGCCUCUCACUGUCGAUUAAAGCGGAUCUCGAGAACGUCACAGAUCUACUGCCCGGUUCGGACGACUUCGAGUACUUUUUUCAAGUUAAAUGUAAUAGCUGCAACGAAACCCACCCCAAAUUUGUAUCCCUGAACCGUGUGGAAGAACAUGAAGUGAGCGCUAGCAAAGGCAACACCGCACAUUUUGUCUGGCGUUGCGGACUCUGCAGGCGUGAAAGCACGGCAAAAUUCGAGCUUGCAUCGCCACUUCAGUCAUAUUCAGCAGACGCCAACGGUCAAUUUACGCCUCUCUUGAUUGUUGAUUGCAGAGGCCUUGAAUUCACAGGUUUUGAUCCAAGGGGCACAUGGAAGUGCAAGGGUAUCGAGUCUGGGACUCCUUUCACCGACGUUGAAUUGGAGGAAGGUGAAUGGGUGGACUAUGACGAGAAGGCCGCAGUUCCAGUAGGUAUCUCGAACAUUGAGAGUAAAUGGAGUAGAGCAUGA